AUGGCGAAAUUCAAAGUGCAUCACUUCACUCCAAACCUGUUGGCUAUCGCACUUAUCCUCUUGUUCAUCGUCCCAACCGAGGCUUUCUUCCGUCAUCUCUGCUUUGGCGAGUUGGGAAAUGGACGAGUCGACCCGAUCAUGUCGCCAGGUCGCCCUUCGCAGCAUCUCCAUGUUAGUUUUGGUGCAUCGAGCUUCGGAUUCAACCCGACCAUCGAUGACCUCCUGGGCUCAAAAUGCACCAGCUGUUCGAUUCUUCAAGACCACUCUGUCUACUGGGCUCCGCGUAUGUACUUCCAACACGCAAAUGGCACGUUUGAAAUGGUUCCAACCUCAGGUGGAAUGACCGUAUAUUACUUUACUGAAGGACCAGGCAACGGUGUAGAGGUGGCUGCAUUUCCUCAGAACUUCCGAAUGAUCGCCGGGAACUCUAACAAGCGCGCAUUCUAUGGUCCAAUGCCCGAUCCCCCCAUAGCAGAGUGGCUGGACAGUGAUCGAACUCAGCAAUCACUCAUGGAAAAGGCGACCGGAUUCAACUGUCUCCAUUAUAACACUUCCCCAAACGAAGGCGCCAGAGAACACCACGGACUUCGAGACAAGGCCUUUAUUGAUGCCAACUGCUAUAAUGGGAUCCGAGGAGAAUUAAUGUUUCCCUCGUGCUGGAAUGGAAAAGAUCUCGACAGCGAUAACCAUACCACACACGUUGCAUAUCCAUACGAGGUCCAGUACGGCGACUGUCCUGAAGGGUUCCCUGUGAGACUCCCGGUUCUGUUCUACGAGACCAUUUACCAGACACCUCUUUUUAAAGGGAUCGAUGGCGAAUUCGUCUUUUCGAACGGUGAUCCAACGGGGUUCGGCUAUCACGGAGACUUUAUGUGCGCAUGGGAGGACGGUGUGCUGCAAAGCGCCAUCAACAACACAGCCUGCACAUCUCCUGCGAGCCAAGGAGUCCAGGAAGCGUGUCCGGUCUUCAAGAUCCAAGACAGCGGAAGUUGCACACGGUGUAAGAUGGAAGUCCCGGCCGUUCUCCAAGAGGAGCCAAUCAACCUCAUUUCGGAGCUCCCUGGGAAAGUCGCAGUCCAGUCGGGACCUGAGUCAGCCACCGUGCCAGGACAUAGUUCUUCGUCAACCACGGCUUCCCCGCCUCAUCCUCCACCUGGACCAACAGCUUCGAUGUCUCAACCGUAUUCAAAUGUCGCGACACCAGCGACAACAUCCAAUUCCGAAUGUCAACAUACAUACACCAGCCAUGGCAUGGAAGUGAACCUGCUGUUGAUCGAGGAAACAGUAACGGUCACAAUACCUGACAGCGCGACCUCAUUGGCAGGCCAGCAUAAGCGUCACCUGCACCAACAUGGCCACCGAGAUGUUCGAGCUAGGCUCUGA